GUUCAUCUUUCUUUGCCAAGUAAAAUAAAAAACAACCCCCUUCUCUUCUCUUCUCUUCUCCUCUCCUCUCUCAUACAUUAUAUAUUUGCAUCGAUUCAAGGCUAGGAAGAAUUACUUCAACAUUUUGAUGCCAAACUCCAAUCAAUCACUUCAAACUUUGAAGUUUCACUCGCUCACUCCAUCCCUUCCCAUCCCAUUCAAUCCAAUCCAAUGCUUUGCCUCCUUAUCUCUUGUGCCUCUUUCAUCCUCCUUUUUAAGUCCUUCAUUCACCACAAACCAAUAUUACAAACAUGGGAGGAUAGCCUCAGAUUAAUCUCACUCAAGUUUUUGGGUGGAUUUUUAAGUUUUCUCCGCAAAAGCAGGAUUUCAUUCCAACCCAUCGCCUCCAAAUUUAAAAAGAUGGUGACUUUUGGCUCAAAUGUGGAGGUGGAGAGAGUGGAGAGAGAGGAGAGAGAAACCAGUCUCUCUCUCCUGGAUUUGCCUUACUUGGCCUUGGACUGCAUUCUUGAGAGGCUUCCCCCAUCUGGGUUGUGCUCCAUGGCAGCAGUUUGUGCUUCUUUGAGGGAGAGCUGCACAAGUGAUCACUUGUGGGGGAACCAUAUGAACCACAAAUGGGGUCGACUUAUAGGGCCUGCUGCUUACAGAGAGUGGCAGUUGCAUGUGGCCUCAAGAAACAGAAUCAGAGAUUACUCUGUUCGGACCGAGAAAAAAGGUCUAAUAGAGUCCCUUGUGGCUAGUAUUUUGCCUUCCUCGUGGAUUACUAGGCAAAAAUUAACUUCUGUAUGUAAAGUGAAGGCUAGUACGAGUUGUUUACCGGUCGAUUCGAUCAUGUCUCUGUAUCUCUCUCUUGAAACUGGCAAGUUUUGGUUCCCGGCUCAGGUCUAUAACCGCGAGAACGGUAAUGUAGGGUUUAUGCUUUCUUGUUAUGAUGCACAAGUGCGCUAUGAUUCGACGACAAACACAUUUCAAGCAAGGUAUUCACCUUACGGGCGGAGGGCAACAGAGGAAAAUAUACCAUGGGAUAGACUAAGAGCGGCUCCAGUUGAUACUCCUCCUCACAAACUUCAUGUCUCCGAUUGUUUACGUGACUUAAAACCCGAUGAUCAUAUUGAGAUCCAGUGGAGAAGAAACAAAGAAUUUCCUUAUGGUUGGUGGUAUGGUGUCAUUGGUCACUUAGAGUUUUGCGAUGGGAAUGAGAAUCGCUGCCGUUGUCACUGCAAUGAUAUAGUAAAACUGGAGUUCAAUCAGUACGCUCCUGGUUCCCGAUGGAGAGAAAUGACGAUAAACAGGAAGGACCAUCGCGAAGAAGGCAAUGAAGCAGACGGCUUCUAUGCAGGAAUCCGAAAGAUUUACAACGAGGAGGAAAUUGCAAGGUGGAAGCGCUUAUGGCCGACCCAGGUUCUGGGAUAAACCUUCCACUCUCAAUCCUAACCACACUGUAAAUAUCAAGCCCCCCUUCCCCCAUUCUUUUUUGCUGUUGACCCGUGCCUAAUAUGAUCCGGGAUUAUCCGGAUGCAUAUAUACGUACAUCAGUAUUCUCAAAGCACAAGGUCCAGUUUACUCAUUGGUGAGAGGGACAUGAUAUAGGCCUGUUUGAGCCACGAAUGAAUUAUAAAUGGUUGCGAUCGCGACCUGUGAUUUUAACAAAGAUGAUCCAAGCUUUUUCAAUAAAGUUAGUAAGAUUGCAUGAUU